GGGGCACGGGAGUGCAUGGCUGUUUUUAAUACUGAAGGGUCAGAGGGGUCUCAGAGAUGUUUGCUGUCCCCACCCUCCCCAUCAUUUCCCAAAGUUGGGUCCAAAACUCGGAGCUCCGCUGCCCCCUCUCUCCCCUUCUUCGCGGCAGCCCCUCAGCCCUGCGGCGAGGCCCAUUGGGAAGUCCUUACGGGUGUCAGACCAGGAUCCUUUCUGCUUCGGUUGCAGUUCCGCCCCCGAAGGGCACGAACGGCUGCCGUCGGAGACCCGGCGAGGACAAUCACAUGCUCACCGUCCCUCUCACAGGUCCCCGCUCCCGAGUUACAGGGCUACUCCAGGUGCGGGGCCAGCCGGGGCCCCUCCCUCCCGCCUCCUGGGCCGGGGGGCGGCGCUGCGGGCGGGGCGGUGCAAAAAGCGGUCCCGCCCCGCACUCCUCGCUUGACUUUGAGUGUCCCGUGGUGGCAGGAGCCGGGAGGCCAGAGGCGCGUGGGGCAGCCCGGGCGCAGCCCGUCACCAGGAUGUACCCAUGGGAGUCGCAUCUAUCCAAUCUUAGGAACCUACUGGGACAACUGUAACCGUUGCACCUGCCAGGAGCAAGGGCGGUGGGAGUGUGACCAGGAGCCAUGCCUGGUGGACGAAGACAUGAUCAACGCCAUCAACCGGGGCAACUACGGAUGGCGGGCUGGGAACCACAGUGCCUUCUGGGGCAUGACCCUGGAUGAAGGCAUUCGCUACCGCCUGGGCACCAUCCGUCCUUCUUCCUCUGUCACCAAUAUGAAUGAGAUUCACACAGUUCUGGGCCCAGGGGAGGUGCUGCCCACAGCGUUCGAGGCCUCUGAGAAGUGGCCCAACCUGAUCCAUGGGCCUCUUGACCAGGGCAACUGUGCAGGCUCCUGGGCCUUCUCCACAGCAGCCGUGGCAUCCGAUCGCGUCUCAAUCCAUUCCCUGGGGCAUAUGGCACCUGUCCUGUCGCCCCAGAACCUGCUGUCUUGUAACACCCACAACCAGCAGGGUUGCCGUGGUGGGCGUCUCGAUGGGGCCUGGUGGUUCCUGCGACGUCGAGGGGUUGUGUCUGACCACUGCUACCCGUUCAUGGGCAGUGAGCGGGACGAGGCUGGCCCCGCGCCCCGCUGUAUGAUGCACAGCCGGGCCAUGGGUCGGGGCAAGCGCCAGGCCACUGCCCGAUGCCCCAGUAGCCAUGUCAAUGCCAAUGACAUCUACCAGGUCACUCCUGCCUACCGCCUCGGCUCCAGCGAGAAGGAGAUCAUGAAGGAACUGAUGGAGAACGGCCCUGUCCAAGCUCUCAUGGAGGUGCACGAGGACUUCUUCCUGUACCAGGGCGGCAUCUACAGCCACACCCCAGUGAGCCUUGGGAGGCCAGAGCGAUACCGCCGGCACGGGACCCACUCGGUCAAGAUCACAGGGUGGGGACAGGAGACGCUGCCCGACGGAAGAACCCUCAAAUACUGGACGGCGGCCAACUCUUGGGGCCCAGCCUGGGGCGAGAGGGGCCACUUCCGCAUCGUGCGCGGCGCCAACGAGUGCGACAUCGAGAGCUUCGUGCUGGGCGUCUGGGGCCGCGUGGGCAUGGAGGACAUGGCGCACCGCUGAGGCCCUGGCACCGCGCCGGGCUGGCCGGCGGAAGAGCCCCUGGGGGGGCGACGCUGCCCACCCCGCCCCGCCCGACGGAGCUCCGGGGGCGUAGGCGGGCGCCUGGGGUCUAAUCCCCCUCGCGCAGGUUCCGCUGACGCAGCGCCCCGCCUGGGAGCCGCGGGCAGGCGAGGCUGGCGGAGCCCCCAGACCUCCCAGCGGGGACUGGGCAGGGCCUGGCCCGGGAGGAGCGGGCCUGCAGAUCCCAGGCCCCGGGCAACCCCCCGGCUCAAGACCACGGAAGCCAGGACACCCCCAAGUCUCCAGCCCCACUACCCCAUCCCACCCCUGUACUCUUAUCCUCCAAAGAUAUUUAUUUUUCUUCUCACGGUUUUAAAAAUAAAAAGAGUACUGAUAACUGGAGCACCUUGGAACUUUGGGGAGU